AUGGGCACCGUGGUCAGAGAGUGCAAGGCAUCUUCCAUGUUUGGCCAGCGCCAAGCACCCCUUCGUGCGCAGCCGGUGACUGACGAGAUGCGCCAGCGCGUGUCCACCCUGAGGGCCUUGGGCCUUGAACCGCCCAGUGCUCGAAGCCUGCGCAGCUUUGCCCUGCGGAGUGGCGGACCAUUGGCACCGCGCCAGGUCGAGCUCAAUGCCCUGGAGGGGAGUCGCCUUCGACAGAGUGGUCAACCUAAAACACAGGAGCCACGCGAGGGCCUUCCGGCACCGGACAUGCCGCCCUCUUCUCCUUCAACUGGUUGA